CUGGGUAGUGGAUCAGUGGCUGGAGCCCACCAGGAGGACUCUGGAGUGGGGCCUAAGAGGGGAACGGAACCCCCGCGUGGAGGCACUGCAUCACGGCAUCACGCCAGCUUUGGUUUUCUUUCCUUCAGUUGCCAGGGACCGUGCCAAUGAAGAUGUGCGCAGUGGCCCUUUUCUUGAGCAUCCUUGCGGCCGCUGUGUGGUUGGGCCUCUCAAUGACAACACCCGAGUCCUCUGGAGGAGGUGCAAAUCCUGGAGGAGAGGAAGAAGGAAAAGGAUGUGUUCCUACACUGUUGCCGAAAGCGGACGUUGGACUAUGCGGGAACCUUGAAGUUUUCUACGUGGAGUUGGGGAACGUCAGCUGCAAAAUUAUUCCUAAGUGCGAGCUAUACAGACAGAAGAUCACAACAUGGCCGCAGCCGAUAGUCAAGUUUCCCGCAGCCAUGGAUGGUGCGCAGUACCUGCUGGUGAUGGUGGAUCCGGAUGCCCCCAGCAGGAGAGACCCCAGGAUGAAAUACUGGAGACACUGGGUGGUGUCCAACAUCACAGCUGCCGACCUAAAAGCUGGGAAUAUUCGGGGCAAUGUGAUAACAGACUACCAGCCUCCUACCCCACCACCGACCACUGGCUUACACCGCUAUCAGUUCUUCGUCUAUCUUCAGGGAGACAGGGUCAUCUCCAUCCCCACCAAAGAGAACAGAAACCGAGGUGCUUGGAAACUGCAGAACUUUCUGCAGGACCACAAGCUGCAGAAUCACGAAACAAGCACCCAGUUCAUGACUGAGCAUGACGGGGAGCUGACACCACCGGAUUAUUGAAUGAACGAGGCCAAGGGCAAGUUCAGUGAAAGAUAGAGCUGCCCACUGAGCUGCGAACUUUACCUUCCAGGUGUGUGCCCAUGUCAUGUGAUCCACUAUAGACGGUCUGGAGACAGA